AUGUGGUCUGGAAGCUUCAACUCUUCCCACAGGAAUGGAUCCCACCAGCAAAACCACACAGUCGUGACUUAUUUCAUUCUUCUGGGGAUCCCUCACAUUGAAGGUCUGCACACCAUCCUUUUCAUUGUCUUCUUAAUCUUCUACCUCUGCACAUUGUUGGGAAACAUGAUGAUUAUGAUGGCUGUGGUCUUCAACUUUCACCUCCACACUCCCAUGUACUUCUUCCUCUGCAACCUCGCCAUCUUGGACAUUGGCUUCUCAUCUGUCAGCACCCCUAAGGUGUUGGCCAACCUUUGGGGACAGAGCAGAACUAUCUCCAUGGGAGGAUGCAUGUCCCAGGUCUUUUUCUACCAUUUUAUGGGAUGUUCCGAAUGUCUGCUCUAUACCGUCAUGGCUUAUGAUCGCUACAUUGCCAUUUGCCACCCACUGCGGUAUCUGGUCCUCAUGAACUGGAAGAUGUGUGUCAUCUUAGCUGUUGGUGUCUGGAUCAGCAGUUCUGUUCAGGGCAUUGUUCUUACCAGCCUCACAUUCAUACUGCCUUACUGUGGCCCCAACGAAAUAGACUAUUUCUUCUGUGACAUUUUCCCAGUAGUCAAAUUGGCCUGCGCUGAUACUACGACCGUUGAAACUGUGGGUUUCAACAACAUUGGCAUCGUGGGGAUGACCUGCUUCCUUCUCAUCCUUCUGUCCUAUGUCCGUAUAAUCUACUCCAUUGUGCAGAUGAACGCCGGAGAGGGGCGACGUAAGGCCGCCUCCACUUGUGCGUCACAUCUUCUGGUGGUUACGUUCUUCUUUGGACCUUGUGCACUGAUUUAUACCCAGCCAUCGCUGAGUGGGAUACUGGUCACGCCAGUCCAGAUCUUUGGCAACGUAGUCACACCCAUGCUCAACCCGAUCAUCUAUACUCUACGGAACAAGGAGGUGAAAGCAGCUUUGAAGAAAAUAAUGGGGACAAAACUGCUCCCCUUGUUAACUUUAGAAUAG